AUGACUCUUGUACCAAAAACGCCUAAGACUCCAAGCACACCCAGAACUCCUGCAAAAUCUCUGAGAAUUCCCAAGUCGACCUUGAAGACACCACGGUCCUUAAAGGCACCAAGAACAUUAAGAACACCCAGGCAGUUGAAAGCGUCGGUGAGGAGCUCCGCAAAGACUCCUCGAGCUAAUGCCAAGCCCUUGACGAUUGGAGACAUGGUCUUUGAAGCUGUAGAGGCUCUGAAUGAUCGGAGAGGCGUCUCUCUGCACUCCAUCAAGAAAUAUCUCCGGGACAACAAGAAAGUCGACGCCGAAGCAAAGGCUCUCUCCAUCAAGAAACAUCUCAAAGCCUUUGUGGAGGAAGGAAAACUUGUUCAAGUGGCAGGCACGGGCGCGAACGGGACCUUCAAGAUUCCUGGAAAGAAGACCAGUUCACAGAAGGCGUCCGCAUGCUCCAAGGUCAUAACCAAAGUUGCGAGCAGACCGAAGAUUGGAAAAAUACUAUCGGGCAAAAAAGACCAGGUUUUUAGGAAUGCAGCGAAUAUGCACCAGAGAGUAUCAAAGAAAGCUUUGAAAGGAAAGAUGGAACCAUUGCUGAUGAAGUAUCUGCCGCGGCGCCGUACUCUCUGCUCUGCUUGUGACCUUGAUGUUGCUCUAGACACGGAAACAAAUCAUUGCUUGAAGGAACACUUUGUGUCGCUGUCACUCUGGCACAUUUAUGACUAUAUCCUUGACGCAUGA